UUUUCAUUUAAACGCUUUCUCCACUUCUUCUUUGCUCUGCCCUCGUUUGAUUCACUCUCUCCGUCUCCCUCUCUCCCCCUUCGCGCGCUCACCAUGCAUCCGCAACUAGUGCCAUGGCUUAUCGCAGCAACGCUGUGUGUAACGCUGACCGGAAUAUGCUCAAGCUCGGCACUGAACACCACCUCAGCUGCUGAUAGAAUCGCCAGCUUGCCGGGACAGCCCCAGGUCAGCUUCGGCCAGUAUGCAGGGUACAUCACCGUGGAUGAGAAGCAACAGAGAGCUCUCUUCUAUUACUUCGCCGAAGCCGAAGGCAACCCGGCUGAGAAGCCUCUUGUGCUUUGGCUCAAUGGAGGGCCUGGUUGUUCAUCCGUUGGAGUUGGUGCUUUCUGUGAGCAUGGACCAUUUAAGCCCAGUGGAGAUGUGCUCCUGAAAAAUGACUAUAGCUGGAAUAAAGAAGCGAACAUGUUGUACCUGGAAUCUCCUGCUGGAGUUGGUUUCUCCUACUCUGUCGAUAUUUCCUAUUAUAAGUCCGUCGACGACAAGAUGACAGCAAGAGACAAUCUCGCUUUCCUCCGCAACUGGUUCGAAAAAUUCCCGGACUACAAGGAGAGAGAUUUAUUCAUCACAGGAGAAAGCUAUGCAGGUCACUAUGUUCCACAGCUGGCAUUGCUCAUCGUGCAGUCCGAGUUGUUCAAUUUGAAGGGAAUUGCUAUAGGAAAUCCGCUUCUCGAGUUCAACACUGACUUCAACUCACGGGCGGAGUUUUUUUGGUCUCACGGAUUGAUAUCAGAUGCAACCUACGAAACUUUGAACACAAUAUGCAAUUACUCCCAAAUAAUCCGACAAGAACAGAGCGGCAACCUCACCCCUGUCUGCUCCCAUGUCAGCAGCGAAGCAUCAAGAGAAAUAAGCAAAUUCAUUGACACGUACGAUGUCACUCUUGAUGUUUGUUUGUCGACAGUUUCUUCACAGUCCGCUUUUCUGAAUAGGCUGCAAGAAACAGAGAAGAUAGAUGUAUGUAUAGAUGAUGAAACCUUCAAGUACCUGAAUAGGAAAGAAGUGCAGGAGGCUCUACAUGCUCGGCUGGUUGGAAUCUCUACAUGGACAGUUUGCAGCGGGGUUGUCAGAUAUGAAUAUCAAAAUCUGGAGAUACCCACCAUUUCGAUUUUGGGGGAGUUAGUGAAGUCAGGAAUCCACGUUUUAGUUUACAGUGGGGAUCAAGAUUCUGCUAUUCCAUUGCUCGGAUCAAGGACUCUAGUGAACAACUUAGCAAAGCAAUUGGGACUGAACACAACCGUGCCUUAUAGAGUCUGGUUCGAGCGAAGACAGGUUGCUGGAUGGACACAAGUGUAUGGAGACAUAUUAUCAUAUGCGACAAUCAGAGGGGCAUCUCAUGAAGCGCCGUUUUCAUCGCCAGAGAGAUCGCUGGUGUUGUUCAGCUCAUUUCUGGGAGGGAGGCCAAUGCCGGAAGGGCUCUUGUCAGAGUCUGCCGUGGAAAAUGACCAAAUUAUUAGUAAGUCAUCCUAAGUGUACCCGAACAGGAGUUCAUCAGAUUCGACUGGCAGAAACAUCAAACUCAUGGUGUUCGCGAUUCGCAUUUCUUGGCUUCUUCCAAAAUCGAUCAUUUGCUUCUCUAGUGCAGCUUUGUAUAUCGUAUACCAUAACUCCGAGAAUGGGCGAAAAUUUUAGUUUCUUUCAUAAUCGAAAUCAUGUCACAGGGACGACGACCCUUCUUCGUGUUAGUUCAGUUUUCAAAAG